ACUACAAUUCCCAGCAUGCAAAGUGGCAACGAGGCCUAUGUUGAUUCCAGGCCCUCUGGCCUGCAGGCAGCGCUGGAUAACCACGAGCAGGGACCCACACUCUGCGGGGAGUGGGAGCAGAGCCCAGGGCUCCGAGGGAGGAGCGGGCCGUCACCUAGGCCUUUCCUGAGGAGGACACCAACUGGAAUCCUGAGAAAUUGCAAUGCAGGUUUCAAAUCUCCAAUCCAGUCUCCAAGGUCCUGUCAAUCAGAUGGAGUCAAUAAGGAAGCCCUACAGUGUGAAGUUGAAGAACUGAAACAGGAGGAUCUUGCUCUGGAUCAGGAAAUUGCACAGUUGUUGGCUGAAGGUUACAGCCUGGAGGAACUGGAGAAACACAUCUCUUUGCUCCAUGAGUACAAUGAUAUUAAAGACGCUGGACAGAUGCUGCUGGGCAAGCUGGCAACGAUUAGAGGGGUCACCACAAAGGAGCUGUACCCCAAAUUUGAUCUGGAACUUACUGACUAGCAUUGAAACUGAAGACUACAAUCUCCUGCAGAGAUCACCAUUACUGGGGUACUGCGUGUUGGUACCGUACACCUUGAGAACUCAGAAGGACAGUAAAGAUGCAGAGACUUUCAAGGAAGUGUUACUUGACCGCUUCAUUUCAAAGACUAACUUCUAGAAUGGAAAAGCUAUUGAAUCCAUCCCAUGUUCCCGGUUUCAGGAAAAGUGGCAUUUUGCUCUUUGGCAAUGAGAGGAGUUUCAGUUGAAGUGUUAGGCUCCUCUUACUGUUCAUUAUUUAAAAAAAAAGGUUAUAAUUCAGAAUUAAUAGUUAACCCCUUCACUGUUGCACAUGUGAUUGGAGUUCUUUGACAUGUUGAUGGUCUAUGGGCUUCUUUAAGGAAGUCUUACAUGGGGAAGCAAUUGUUAGGUAUCAGUAAAUGGAUGGAGGAAGCAGCAGUGGAGAGAGAAUAUGCAGAGCUGUGUUGUUUGUUAAAAACCUCAGAAGUGGGAAAGGAAAUCGGCUAAGAGCAAGGUGUUUAUAUGCCUCGUGCUGAAAAAGCUGUGGGUGCUCAAUAUGUUAGGGCCCCACUGAAUUGAGUUCUGGAAGCUGGUUGUUGCAUAUGUAUAAUAGUAAAUAAAUGGAAAAGCAUUAA